AUGGAUACAAAAAACGUCGCAAAGCUGAACAGCUCACUAGAUCCCUGUGAAAAAUCGGAAAUCAAAGUUGGAGACAUUAUUUGUUCUACCAUACCAAGCAACGCAAUGUCCUCCGCUUCAUCCAUGGGGAUUCCCGACGAGGAUGCUAACAACAAUAGUGAUGCCGGCGAGGGUUUGCAAUGGCCUGAACCCACUCUCACUGAUCUGGAUCGCUCAAUCCCUCAAGUAGACUGUGAGUUUAUUGCGAACCUUACUCGAUGUCGCACAAUUCAUCGGGAUGCUUUCCUGAAGCGCAAAGCCGUAAUCAAGGCACGUGUUGAAGAACUUAGUAAGAAAGAAGUGAAGACAAUCACAGAGGCAGUAAGUAUGCCCCGCGUGGGUGGUUUGGGUUUUUGGAAGAGUGGUUUCAUCAAUAGUGGUGAAACAGCAUUGGUGGCAACUGAUAUCCAGGAUAAUGUAAUGGCGUCAGAAAGCGUGCUCUCUCAGUUUACCUCAAACGAAGUGGAUAUAUUGCACACAACUCGACCAGAGUACGAUGAUGGGUUUAUUUUACUAGAUUGUCGAACUGUGAAUGAAAUCACAUCAUGGGGAAUUAUAGAAGGUGCAAAAGUGCUUCCAGUGCAUGAGCUCUUUGAGGCUUUUCAUGCUACUCCAGAAGAUUUUUUAGAAGAAUACGGCUUUACAAAACCCAGUCCGGAACAGACGAUCAUUUGCUACUGCCAGUACGGUCCUCGCUCACUGAUGGCUGCGCAAAUUUUAAGCUGGAUGGGCUAUCUUAAUGUGUUGCAUUUUCGCGACGGUUACUACGAGUGGGGAAAGCAAUAUAACCUACUCCUGCGCCGUUGGAUGGAGCAUGAUCGCAGCAGCGGAAAUGAGUUGCGCCGCAUCGCAACCUUUCGCGCGGCUCUCGAAAUACAACGUGAUAUCGCACCGGAGUUUACUGCCUUGGCUAUUCAAGAGGCCUCAAAAUAUUACAUUGAUACAACGCGUAGUUCCGGACAGCUUCGUGUCGGUGAAGGAUUGCGCGCGAAUGCGUACACCACAGUGGCAAAACUUUUGGAAGGAAUGCCCCUCUCACCAGACCUGCCUGGGGAAGCCGAAGACACGAAGUUGGGUGACCAAUUUCUGACAGGACAACACCUCACCAAAUUCCUAGGAGAAGCCACAGGCCUAGACCCUAUUACAGGGAAAGAUACCGGCACUGAAUUCAAUAUGGACAUCUCGGAGGCUCAAUCGAUCGCACUUAAUCCCAUCUCAUCUUCCUUACCUUUUCGGUCAUCAUGA